CUGCGUUUGUCGCGUCGCGCAUGUGCGAAAAACCGGGCCAAAUUUGGCUACACUGUUGUGAGUAGUGGUCAAAAUCGUGGAUACCGUUGUUGUGUUCGUGUGAUGUGCAUUUCGAAGUACUUCCUGCCAUUAUUUACAUCAUUAUUUUAAAUUCAUCUUUGCAAUGGCAUCUCCUGAGUCGAAAUCACCCGAACAAUCUGAAAAGAAUCGGAAAUAUGAUAGACAAUUGAGAUUAUGGGGUGAUCAUGGUCAAGCAACCUUAGAAGUUGCUCAUGUUUGUGUCAUAAAUGCUACCGGACUUGGCACAGAGAUAUUGAAAUCGCUAGUACUCCCAGGUAUUGGAGCAUUCACUAUAGUUGAUGGCAAAAAGAUUACCGAUGAAGAUAUUGGAGCUAACUUUUUUCUAGAAGCAGAUAGUAUUGGAAAAUCUAGAGCACAAAUAGCCACUCAAAUGCUUUUGGAGUUGAAUCCAGAUGUAACGGGUGAUUAUAUUGAUGAAGAACCUGAACAAAUUUUAUCUAACAGUCCAGAUUUUUUUAAUAACUUUACUGUAGUUGUAGCAACUGCAUUGACCGAAAAAACAUUGGUUCUUCUGUCAAAAAGACUCUGGGAACUGAAUAUUCCUCUAAUAGUGUGUAAGAGUAUAGGCUUUAUUGCAUAUAUGCGGGUUCAAGUGAAGGAGCAUACAGUUAUAGAAACACAUCCAGACAAUGAAACACUAGACCUGCGUCUAGAUAGACCAUUUGAUAGUUUAAAGAAGUACUUAGAUUCUAUCAAUCUGGAUGAAAUGAGUUUCAAGGAUCAUUGUCAUGUACCAUAUCUAGUUAUCUUGUACAAAUUCUUAGAAAAGUGGAUUUUAGAGCACGGUACCUUACCAAAAGUUUAUAAAGAUAAACUGCAACUUAAAAAGAUGAUAAAAAAUGGCAUGAGACGCGAUGAACAAGAUUCGUCCAAUAGUGAAGAAAAUUUUGAAGAAGCUAUGAAGGCUGUGAAUAAAUGUAUAAGAGUGAGCGAUAUUCCUGAUAGCGUUAUGAAUAUUUUAAACGAUGAUCGUUGCAUUAAUUUAACCGCAAAGAGUAGCUCUUUCUGGAUUAUCGCAAAAGCAGUACGUGAUUUCGUUGAUAAUGAAGGAAAAGGAUUAUUACCACUUAAGGGUGCUUUACCCGACAUGACUGCGGACACUGAAAAAUAUGUUACACUUCAACAAAUAUAUCAUAAACAAGCAUCAGCAGAUGUGGAAGCUGUAUGGCGGCGUACUUUGCAGUUACUACGUCAACUGGGAAGACCAUCUGAUUCAAUUUUGGAGAAGGAUGUCAAAUUGUUCUGCAGACAUGCCGCUGACAUUCAUGUAGAAAACGGAACUUGUAUUGCAGAUGAAUACGAUCCUAAAGUUUUUGAUACAAAUAUCAUAGUUCAAAACUUAGAGAAUCCAGAGAGUAUGAUGAUUUAUUACGUUAUGCUUCGAGGAGUGGACAAAUUUCAAGCAGAGUACAAUUCAUAUCCAGGUGAAUUUGAUGAUCAAGUGGAACCUGACAUCGUAAAGCUUAAGACAUGCCUUACAAAAUUAUUAAGUGAAUGGGGAUGCGGACCACUAGCCAAGGAUGAUUAUGUGCAUGAAUUUUGCCGAUUUGGUGGUGCAGAAUUGCACUCCGUUUCAGCGUUUCUAGGUGGUCUUGCAGCACAGGAAACUAUCAAACUUAUAACGAAUCAAUAUAAAUCCAUUCAUAAUACCUUUAUUUACGACGCCGUUACGUCGAAUUCUGGAACAUUUUUUUUCUAAAAUAUAAAUUCUGUCAUAUGAAAAAAUAAUUAUAUUCAUUAA